AUGGAUGAUCGUACUAUUGAUCUUAUUUUCGCGGGUUCUUUGGAGAGUCUUCCUCCAGUAAGUUCUAAAAUUGUACGAAUAUUUACAAGUUCUACAUUUACAGAUACGACAAUGGAAAGAAAUACUUUGAUGGCUCAGUGUUAUCCUAAACUAAAGGAUUAUUGUAGAGAAAAACACGGUUUGGAAUUUCAGGUUGUCGACAUGCGUUGGGGUGUUAGAGAUGAAGCCACGGAUGAUCACAUGACAACGGAACUUUGCAUGAGAGAAAUUAAAAAUUGUCAACGGUUAUCCAUGGGUCCUAAUUUUGUGGUAUUUUUAGGACAGAAAUAUGGAUACCGUCCGAUUCCAACAUAUAUUUUAUCUUCUGAAUUACAAUUGUUGAGAGAUGAACUGGCUAGCGUGGGUACAGACGUUUCUCUUCUUGAUACAUGGUAUAGAAAAGAUAGUAAUGCUGUACCACCUGUAUCCGUUCUUCAGCCGAUUUCUAGCAUAUUGGUUAAUUUUAAUAACAAGAGGAUUCCAAAAUUACAACAACAUGAUCAAGCAAUUUGGUGGGACACUUUGGGAAAAAUGCAAAAACUUUUAAGAAAAGCUGCUCAGUCACUGUAUAAUACUGGAAAAUUUGACAGUGAUACUAUGCAUAAUUAUUUUAUGUCAGUGACGGAGAGAGAAGUUAUAAACGGGAUUUUAAAUGUUAAAAAUACAAAAAAUCAUUGUUUGGCGUAUCUUCGCUACAUCAAUAAUAUAAAUUUACAAAAUUUAAAAAAAGCUUCACUUUAUUUAGACAUAUUAAAUAGAAGUUUAGAUGCAGAAGCUUCAAAACUUUUAGCUAAUUUAAGGGAUGAAAGAGUACCCGCCAGAAUAGAAACUACUAACAUACAAAGGUAUACCGUAGAGUGGAUAGGACGUGAAGGAUUAGAUACAGAAACUCAUGAAGAAUAUCUUCAACAUUUUAUAACGCAUUUUUACAAAAACAUAACAAAAUUAGUUGAUAGAGCUAUGAGAAAAGAAGAUUCUAGCGCUCAGGGACAAAUUGUAACAGAAAUUUUACAACAUCUUCAUGCAUGUAACAAUUCCGUAAAGGUGUUCAGCGGUAGAGAAGACCAUUUAGUCAAAAUUGAAAAUUACAUGAAAAGUGAUAAUGACAAGCCCAUUGUUUUGUACGGAGAGGGUGGUUGUGGUAAAACAUCACUUUUAGCAAAAGCAGCCGGAUUAACUAGCUCCGAAUGGUUUUUAGAUGUAAAACCAAUAAUUGUUAUUAGAUUUCUAGGAACAACUCCUGAUAGUAGUGCACUUACUCCAACUUUGAUGUCCAUUUGCCAACAGAUUUCCUAUAAUUACAUGCUUUCAUAUGAAGAUAUUCCGGAUGAUUUGGUGCCGCUUACUGCUCAUUUUAAAUAUUUAUUGACGUGUGCUACUGAAAAGCAACCUUUAUUCGUAUUUUUGGAUUCGGUUGAUCAGUUAACUGGGACUCAAGAUUCGAAUAAAGUUUCAUGGCUUCCAACGAGGCUACCACCUCAUUGUAAAUUAAUGGUUACUUGCGCGGCUGAAGAAGAAAAUGCUGAAGUUUCAAAGGAAUAUCAUCUUUUAAGAAGGAUAAUUGAUGUUGACAAUCAGUUUAUUGAAGUUACAGCUUUAGGAGAAGAUUUAGCCAUGCAGGUGAUCAAAAUGUGGAUGGCUGAAGCUCAUAGAGAUUUAAGCAACUAUCAGUGGCGACUUGUGGCUAAUGCCAUUGAAUCUUGUUCUUUGCCAAUAUUUGUUAAACUUGUAUUUGCUGAAAUAUGCAGAUGGAGAAGUUAUACAAAACCACAAGAAACUCAUUUGGCAUCAACUCACGGAAGGAUUUUAGUAUUUCAUGCUUUGGCUUACAUCACAGCGGCUAAAAGUGGUCUUUCAGAAUCAGAAUUAGAAGAUCUUAUAUCUUUAGAUGACAGAGUUUUAGACGAUGUAUAUCAAUACCAUCUUCCUCCAGUGAGGCGAAUUCCUCCUUUGUUGUGGACCAGAAUAAGAAAUGAUUUACCAAACUAUUUGUCUGAAAGAGAAGCUGACGGAGUAAGCGUUAUGAAUUGGUAUCAUAGGCAAUUUCGAGAUACUGCUAAAGAAAGAUAUUUUAAAAACAUGAAUAUGGCAUUAUAUUUUCAUUCUUCAAUCGCUGACUAUUAUUUAGGAAUUUGGGGUGGAGGAAACCCUAAACCAUUUAAAUACACUGAAAUUCAGCGUCACAGGUUUAAUUUAACUGAUAAAGAAGGGUCUGCGGACAGGAAGGUACCAAUUCAACCCCUGGUAUUUUAUUCAAAAGAUGGAAAAGUAUCCCGGUAUAAUUUAAGAAAGUUUAAUGAACUACCUUUUCACAUGGUCAGAGCUCGUAGAUUUACCGAUCUUUAUAAACACGUUUUAUUUAAUUACGAAUGGCUUCAUGCGAAACUUUCUUCAUGUCCACUUCAAGCUGUAUUAAGUGAUUUUGAAGAUGCUUGCAGUCAUACAGAAGAUAGGGAAGCAAUAAGGGAGCUAAUGCUGGUGGCAGAUGCUUUACGUCUUGGAGGAGCAAUUUUGAGUGUAUACCCGGAUAUGUUAGCACCGCAGCUCAUAGGAAGAUUGCUUCCCGAAAGUGACACUAACGCAAAUAUAAAAAUGUUAUUGAGUGAAUGUGAUAAUAAAGGUAUUAAUCAUUGCGCAUUGCUUCCUCAAUAUCAUUGUUUACACACUCCUGGAGGACCGUUAAAAGUUAGUAGUCGACAUCAAUUUGCCGUAUUUGGAUUUUGCCUCACAUCCGAUUACCGAUACAUCGUAUCCGUGUCAAAUAAAUUUAUAACAUGGGAUUUAUCAACUAGUGAUAUGACGAGAGAUGUAAAUCCAGGCAUAGAAGGAAUAAUGCAAAACCUGGUGUUGAGUCCUGAUAAUAAAUAUGCAGCUGCUUUUACGAACAAUGAUCAGGUAACGCAUGCAAUAGCUUUCAAUAAGGACCAAGAUGUACUUUAUUGUUGUUCCGAAGAAGGAUUAAAUGACGUUUUCAUGUACAAAGCAGAUUUUGAAAAUUUAAAAUGGGAAAAAAUUCGAAAACUACCAUCUUCGUAUAAUUCUGACACGGAAGCACUUCUUCAAUUAAAAUUAGAUUCGGAAGAUAAAACUCUCUUAGGUUCAACUUCUAACGGCUUUGUUAUAUGGAACGUCCAUUCGAAAUCGUGUAAUUUUGAAGACACUUCAAAUAUUACAAAUGACGAAGCAAUUGUUUUGGCUCUUCCACACGGUGUUAGAAAUAUAUCGACAAAAAUUUUGGAAAGCAAUUCAGUAAUGUUAGACAUAACAAAAAAAUAUGCAGUUGCUGGAGUAAGGAAAAAUUUAUACGUAUGGAACUUGGAAACGAAAAAAUUAGUUAAUGUUUUGGAUGCUCAUUUUGCACGUAUUAUAUCAUUAGAACCGUUAACGAUAGGAAAUUGGAAUUUGGUUAUAACUUCAUCCAUUGAUCGAACCGUAAAAGUCUGGAAUAUAAAUAAUAUUUUUGAACAAGUACACGUCAUCGAUAGACACGAGCUUCAAAUUGAUUCUAUUCAGUUAUCACAAGUUGGAAUAGCAGUUACUGUUACAAGAAGUUGCGUUGGAGUUUGGGAUUUAAUGAUUGGUAAAUUAUUAGCACGAUUAGCCGACAGUCCUCUUGGUGCUAUUGUCACUCACGCUGUCAUAACUCAAAAUGGAAGAUAUAUAAUUUCUGCCGAAUCAGGAAAUAUUAUCAUUUGGAAUCGUUUUACGGAAAUGGUUCUUUUUAAAGAAGAACAAUUAAACGUAAAACAAUUAACUUUACUUGAAAACGAUACAAAAUUUUUAACAAUUUCUAAAAAUUCAACGGUUGGAAACAAUUCAGAAGGAACCAAACAAACGGCUUUAGGUGUUUUACGAUCGAUUCCUGACGGUAGUAAAAUUUAUUCGUUUGAAAUACCCGUUCGAAAUACAACCGGAACUAAUUUUAAACCUGGCGUUAUCACUUGUGACGGUCAAUAUUUGGUAUUUUUAGCAGCAGAAAAAGGAGUAAGAGAUACGCUGUUGAUAUUUAAUGCCAAAACUGGAGCAACGUGUCACAAAGUUUCAAUUAAGCAAGCAGGAGUUAAAGAUGCUCUCAUGCUUGUACCCAUGCCUAAUAAAGCCACCCAUGUUGCCGUUAUAGAUAACGACAAGGGUAGUAUUUUCGAUAUUAAAAAUAAAAGAUUAGUGCGUUCGAUAUCCAAAUGGGGUGGAAUUUGCACGAGAGAUGGAAAAACUGGUCUUUAUGCACCAUCCAGGGGAGGUUUGGAGUUGUUGGAAUUGAAAAAAGGAUCAACGGUUCAAACGUAUAUUCCAAAGGUGGCAGAAGGGGUUUUUACCGUGAAAUGUAUGUUUAGUAAAACUGAUGAAUAUGUUUUGUAUUAUCAUAGUGGAAGAAAAACAGUUAGGAUAUUCAGAACAUCAGAUGCACAAAUGAUAGCAAAUUAUAGAGUUCAAGCAGAAUUAAGCGCAGUUGAAACUACGGAUGAUGGUAAAUGUAUAGUUUUAGGUACGGUUGAUGGAUGUCUUUCGGUUUUUGCAAUAGCCGAUCCACAAAAACCCGAAAUGAAAAAAUAUUUGGCAUCGUUACCGUCAAGAGAUGAACAGUGGAAAAAGAAAAUGAGUAAACUAAAAGCAACAACAAGGUUUAAAGCAGCAGCAUCUAUAGCAAAAUUAUCAACAAAAUUUAUUAAUUCAAAUUGCAGUACGGAUGAGGAAGAAUAA